GCCCAUCUCUGAUUGAUAUAUCAAUCCAUUUUUCGCAUAAAUCAUGCCAAUAAGCGAUCCCCGGAUUGAGUUUGCUAUCUCAAAAAUCAGUCAAUCUUUGGGAGGGCGGAUCACAGAUUAAAGGUUGGCCUCUGUUCGAAAGUGACAGUUUGUGCUUGCCAAUAACCAAUCCGUCCAUUUUGACAUUUACUUCGAUCGGUGUUAAUAAUCGCAGAUACCAAUCCUUAAAAUUGUACGGUUUGUCGCAAGCUUGUUGAAGUAUAUUGUACAGAAACAUAAAAAAAUGGCAAAUAUAUUAUUUAGCGACGAUAGUGAUGAUAGCGAUAUGGAGCUACUUGCUCUGUUAUCGGACUCGGAUACCGAAACCGAUAGCGAAGCUGAUGAGGAGAGACAACGCGCUAGUGCUCGCAGGAUCAAAAGGGUCAACUAUAUGCAGAGUCUGGAUGAUGCUGAGUUCACCUUCAGGUUCAGAUUAUCUAAAACUGUAGUGAAUACUCUGUUAACACAAUUGAUGCCUUUAGUCCGUGUAACUUCCACCAGGAAUCACGGGGUUUCACCACUACAUCAACUGUUAUUAACAUUGAGGUUUUACGCAUUGGGCACAAUGUUAAUUUCUGUAGCUGACUUUGUUGGAGUCUCUACAUCAACAGCAGGCCGAAUUGUACGCGAUAUAUCAUCAGCAAUCGCCAGCUUGUAUGAUGAAUACAUUGCUGUUCACCAACAAAGUGCAGAAAAAUUUUACAGAAUUGCUCGGUUUCCUCGUGUUCUUGCUGCAAUUGAUUGCACUCAUAUACGUAUUCAGUCACCAUGUCAAAUAAUAGGAGAAGAAUUUAGAAAUCGCAAGGGUUACUUUUCCUUAAAUGUGCAAGCAAUCUGUGAUGCUGAUCUAAGAUUCAUGAAUGUAGUUGCUCGAUGGCCAGGUUCAACACAUGACGCCACAAUUUUCAACAACUCUGUUCUUAGAGCUCAAUGUGAUGCAGGUCUGUUUGGUAACCGCUGGAUGCUUGGUGACAGUGCUUAUCCAAAUAGAUCUUAUUUAUUAACACCUGUUUUAAAUCCUGUUAAUGAAGCAGAACAGCGAUACAAUGAAGCACACAUAAGAACUAGAAAUACCAUAGAGAGAACAUUCGGUGUUUGGAAGCGACGAUUUCCUGUAGUGGCGCUUACAUUGCGCUUAUCCUUACCAAAAGCGCAAGCAGUAAUUAUUGCCACUGCUGUGUUACACAACAUUUGCAGGAACAAUAAUUUGCAAGAACUUUCUUCUGAAGUAGAUUUACCACCAGAAGAUACUAAUUUUAUAGAUCUAAAUAGUGAAGUCACAGAUGUCCAACAAAGAGCAGUCCUUAUUAGUAAUUAUUUUUAGUAGAUUUUUAGUAAGCUUAUUUUAAAACUAUCAGGUAGGACAAAUCUGCCCUAAAAAGUUAUACCUAACUAUAGUUAAAUUAUAAUUAAUUUAUUUUGACUAGUUGAUGAAGGAGGAGAUUAAAACCAUCUCAUCAAAAUUAUUAGCUACUCCUUAAUUACCCCUAAUGUAACAGUAAACAAUGUCUAAAACUAAUUGAUUCAAAUUCAGAAUUAUUUAUUUCAAACAGGCCAAACUGUUGCUUUUAUGACAUGUCAAGACUGACCACCGGUUCAAUCACAAUAUCAAUGUACCUUUACCUUUAUUACAA